AGUGUGUCCGUGCAGCAUGGUGGUAAUGUGACACACCUGAUCGGAGAAUCAUUCAAAAGGCGUCAAGAGAAGAUAGCUAACCACCGCAAACGUCAAUUUCGAAAUGAAAUAUGUACAUAGAUGUAUUUUAAUUUGAAAAUACGCGUGAAACUAGCCCCGCGAGAUGAUAAAGCCUGCAGUGACUUCUCUCCAUCAGGCGCUGAGGAAAAGUUUCCAGACUCUUGAAAACAACCACAAGGUAUGGCGGAGUGAGCUGGAGGAGUGCAGCCCCCUGAUGGUGUCUCUGGGGAAUCUGGCUGAGCAGCUGAGAGCCCUCUCCAACGUCCAGAUGUCCGGCACGCCGCUCAGAGACUUCCCAGACCUGGAGAACCGGCUGCGGUUCAAACUCCUACAAGCCACAGACACAGUUUUGACCAAACUCAAUGAGAGGAUUUCAUCUCUGCAGUCCAUCAGAGACGCCAUCAGUAACCAGGUGACAGCGGUCGUUCAGCUGUACCAGCAGAGCGCAGACAGCCUGGAUCUUUCUGCGGUCACCGAGCGAUCUCCCACCAGCCCGUCGGUCGCUGACAUGCUGGAGUGGCUCCAGGAUGCUGAGCGUUACUAUCGCAAACAGUUCCUGAGGAGGAAAGCUUUGCUUCAGAUGCUGAGAGCGGACGACCUCUCACUUCUGGAGUCUGCUCCCAACAGGUGGAAAUCUUUAGAUUCGCCCAGCGAGGAAGAACAGAUCACAGACACACUUUGCAGAGUGUCCUUCUUCAUGGAGUCGCAGUGAAAACGGCUCCGAGGAUGCAGACUGUGCUUCUGGACGCUGAGGUGAAUCGUACCUGCAGAGCUGGACUCACUCUCCGGAGGAUGCUCACUCAGGAUCGGCUGUCGAUCGGAGACUGUUCCCAGUAUCACGAGACACUUCUCUGCGGUUAAAGCGCCUGCUAGGGGGCGCCAGAGAGUCUGAGAGGCGGGAAAAAUUUGCAAGUCAGCAGGAUGUGUUUUUUCCAUAAUAAUUUGUUUUUUAUAUUAAAAGUUUCUGAGGAUAAACUGAGGAAAAAAACAUUUGUUUGGUUGCUUUUUCUGUCUCAACCAGGAAUCAAACCUGGGUCCUUUAUACUCAAGAUCAAGAUUUGAUCCAGUGCAUCACUUUAUAAAAACAUACUUUUUUUAAUGAUGAAUUUAUUUCAGAUCUUAAUUAAAGUUAAUUAGUCUUUCAAAAAGCAUGCGUGCAGUGUUACAGUUUACAUGUCAAGACUGAACAAAAGGUUUCCAGGUCAGAGUGUCUCAGGAGGAGGGUUGAAGGAGUUCAGCUGAAAAAGCCUGAUGAAAUAACAGAAAUGCUGUUAUGAAGGUAACUGCUGGUGUAA